AUGAAACAAGACGGCAAAGAACAAAAGAGACAAGGCAAAAAAAGUAAAAAGUUACAGCUAUAUAAACCAAGAAAGAAAAAGAGUGUAGAGGAAGAUGCUGCGAUACAGUAUUUACAGGCUCAGUACGACAAGAUAAACCCGGAUGAAAUUAAAACUUUUAAAGACUUUCCACUAUCACAGAAGACUCUUAAAGGACUAAAAGAAAAUCAUUAUGUGACUCCAACUGAAAUACAGAAGCAAGCCAUAGGAUAUGCUCUACAAGGUAAAGACAUAUUGGGUGCUGCCAAGACUGGGUCAGGUAAAACAUUGGCAUUCCUAAUACCUAUACUGGAAAAUUUAUUCUGUAAAAAGUGGACAAGACUAGAUGGUGUUGGUGCCUUGGUUAUAUCACCAACCAGAGAACUGGCCUACCAGAUAUAUGAAGCCUUAAGGAAAGUAGGACACCUGCAUGACUUCUCAGCAGGUCUCAUUAUUGGAGGCCAGAAUUUGAAAUUUGAACGGAAAAGAAUGGAUCAAAUAAAUAUAUUAAUUUGUACCCCUGGUCGCCUUCUGCAGCACAUGGAUGAGAACCCUCUAUUUGACUGCAGCCACUUGCAAAUCUUGGUCCUAGAUGAAGCUGACAGGUGUUUAGAUAUGGGCUUUGAAGCAACAAUGAAUGCAAUUAUUGAGAAUUUACCACCAGAAAGGCAGACAUUGUUAUUCUCUGCAACACAAACAAAAUCUGUCAAGGACCUGGCACGCCUCAGCUUAUCCUUCCCAACCUACAUCGCCCCACAUGAACAAGCCGCAACUGUGACUCCCGACUUGCUGCAGCAGAGUUACAUCAUUACUGAGAUUGAAGACAAGAUUGGGAUUUUGUGGUCCUUUAUUAAGAAUCAUUUGAAGCAGAAAGUUAUAGUGUUUAUGGCAACAUGUAAACAAGUCAAGUAUAUAUACGAGUUGUUCUGUAAGUUAAGGCCUGGAGUGAGCCUACUGGCCCUGUAUGGGACAUUACAUCAAGAGAAAAGAGAAAAAAUUUACAAUGAGUUUUGUAGGAAAUCAAAUGUUGUGUUGUUUGCUACAGAUUUAGCUUCUAGAGGUCUAGACUUUCCCCGCGUUAAUUGGGUCAUACAAAUGGAUUGUCCUGAAGAUGUAGAAACCUACAUUCACAGAGCGGGCCGUACUGCAAGAGGAUUCACUGGUAAAGGGGAAGGGUUACUCAUGCUCUUGCCACAUGAGGAGAAAUUUGUGGAACAUCUACAAAAUAGUAAAAUACCCAUCAACAAGAUUCAAGUAGACCCAUCUAAAGUUAUAGCACCACAAAAGAAAAUAGAAACUCUACUAUCUGACAGUAUGGAGCUUAAGCAAAGUGCACAGAGAGCUUUUGUUAGCUAUUUAAAAUCAGUGUUUUUAAUGAAAAACAAAGAAAUAUUCAAUGUACAACUUUUAGACACAGAUUCAUAUGCAAGGUCUCUGGGCUUGAUAGUACCUCCGUAUAUUAAGUUCCUGAAGAAGCAGCAGUAUGCACAGAAGAAGCAAGAGAACAACAAUGUCAUUGAAAAGUUAAAAGCAAAAACUGAGUCUGAUAAAGAAGAUUCUGAUCAAAGCGAAGAAGAAGUCACUGAUAUUAAUGUUGAAAAGAAACCUGAAAAACAAAAAAUUAAAGAAAGAUUUGUGAAAUUUGAUUUCCACAAUGUUAAAGAUACAGAUGGGAAAGAUUUCUUUCAAGGAAACAAUUUUGAUAUUCAAUUGAGUGGUGAACUUCUUGAAGAACCACAAGUAGAAUCAACAAAAGUAGCUGUUGUUAAAAAACUGUUGAAAAAAAAUAUUACAAUAAAUAAAACAGUAAAGUUUACAGAAGAAGGGGAGGUAGAUGAAGAAGAAAAUAAAGAUGUCGACCCAGAAUUAUUGAAACAGAUCUCGAGUGCAAAUUCCUCAAAUUUGCAUUUUGAAAAAACACAAAUGCUAAUGCAAGACGAAGACAAAAUUGACAAAGUCAAAUUUAGAGAAAGUACAAGAGCCAAGCACAAGGAAAAGAAACGUAAACUCAAAAAUAAAAGGAAGGAAGAUGAAGGUGAGAAAGAUGACUUUGGAUCACAGUCUGAGUCCGACGGCCCAGACCUGUCAUGGCUACCUGAUCCUGAUAAAAUAUAUGGCAAAGAGGAUGGUAGAGACAACAGCGGUGAUUCUGGUGAAGACAGGAAUUCUGAAGCGUCUGAUGGAGCUGAUUAUGAAUCUGGUGAAGACAGGAAUUCUGAAGUAUCUGAUGAAGCUAAUCAUGAAUCUGGUGAUGACUCAGAAGUAGAGGAAAAUUUCCACAGGCCCACAAAGCGAAAAUUAUUGGAGACACAGGCAAGUGUGCCUCGGAAGGUGAAGAAGGUGCAGGACAUCUCGGCUUCACUGUCCGUCAGCGAAGCAGAGGCACUCGCUAUGCAGCUGCUUCAAACCAAACGAUAA